AUGGCAAAGUUAGCGUCACUCAGAAAGUUAUCGAUCAGGACAACCUUAGAAUCCAAAUCAACCAACAUCACUAGUCACGUUAAGAAGAUACUCCCUGACUUUAAAUUGCAAGAUGGUACUCUCUACUUCAACAAGUACAAAUCAGAAGAAAAGAAAAUCCUUAAGGAUAAUCUCACAGAUGAGCAAUUAGAAAGGAUUAUCGACAUGACUCAACAGCUCCCGAAGGAUGUAUAUGAUGUUCAAAUAAUCAAAACUGAUAAAUGGGUUCAAAUUCCCAAAGAACAUGAAUAUGAAGGCAUUAUUAUGGAUAUUCAUGUCAAUCAAGGUCAUGCAGGUCGAGAUAUUUGUGAAUCAGUUGCUUCAUCAACGUAUUACAUUCCAAAGUUCCAAGAACAAUUCCAAAAGGUAAAAAGUUCUUGCAAGAGUUGCAGAACUACAGAGGCAUCUAAAGCUAUCGUAUUGAAUAAUCAUCUAAAAACAAAAUGUCAAUGA